AUGACAGAUGCAAAACCAGUAAGUACUCCCAUUUACAAAAGUACAAAGAUGGUCAAGGCCAUGUCACCAAGUAGAAAGGGAGAGAUAUUGGAAAUGCAAGAAAUCCCUUAUCAAAAUGCUGUUGGUAGUUUGAUGUAUGUAAGUAUUGAAACACGACCUGACAUCACACAUGCAGUGAGUCGGGCAAGCCAGUUCGCAAAUAAUCCUGGGAGACAACACUGGAUUGCAGUAAAGAGAAUACUAAGGUACCUCAAAGGCACAAGUUCACUAAAGCUGAGAUUUACAAGAUCGACAGAUAACAGCCUAAAAGUAUUCUGUGAUACCGACUGGGCAUCAGAUGAGGAUGAUAGAUGUUCUUAUACUGGAUACCUGUUUGCACUGGCAGGAGCAGCCGUAAGCUGGGCAAGUAGGAAACAACCCACAGUUGCUCUUUCUACAGCAGAGGCAGAGUACAGGGCGCUCACAGAAACUUCAAAAGAAGCGCUUUGGAUAAAAGAGUCUUUAUGUGAAUUAGGUCUUCUUUACCACAGUGAGAUCAUGAACAUAAAGUGUGAUAACAAGUGA